AAGGAGGAGGGCUCACUUGUCAAGAAUGCCUUAGAAGAGUUGUGAAAACAGCCAGCCCGAGAAGGGGAGUCAUGCAGUUGCGGAUGCAGUUCUCCUACCAAGCCACAAGCCAGUCAGAUCAGUCAGGGAGAGAGACAGAGAGAAAGUGUGUGAGAGUGUCUCAGGACCAGAGGCUCUAAAGGACGUCACACACACUCCCAGAGAGAGAGGGAAACACGCUGUCACAGGAAGGCGUCUAUCCUCACGCGUUCUGGGCUGUGGAGGAGUCAUCAGCCUCUGCCAGAAGUGAGUAUUCCAGAGGUGGAUGCAAUGAAAACGAUGAUGUGCAUUUAGUCAGCUGCAGUGGAUAUUUCUCAAGAGUGACAAAGAUACUGAUUUCCCACUUUGACUUUCUUUCUGAGGAAGGGUUUUUAACUCCUCAGCACGGAGAAAAAGACUUUGUAAUAAGACACUAUUCAAGAGUGCGUGAAGUGUUUUCGCAUCACCAUGGAUCAGCCAGCCAGCAGCUGCAUGCGGAGCGCCCAUCCCAGCAGCCCCAUCUGGGGUUGCAUGAGGAACCCUCACUCAGGGGUCCCAGGAGCCAAUCUGCAAUCGCCCUACCAGCAGGCCCCUUUCUCUCUGCACCAGAAGCCCGAGUUCCUGGCCUACACAGACUUCUCCAGCUCUUGCCUGGUGCCGACUGCGCCGCACGCAGCCUACCCCCGUGACGACAGACUGUACCAAGAGAGCCCUGGGGGUUAUCAGAGAGUCGACUGGCCGUUCAACCCCUGCGAGACGCGGGUGAGAGCGCCAGAGGCCUGCCCGCCCGUCGCCCCCGCAGUAGUAGGCGGCGGUGGGGUUGGAGGCGUGGGCGUAGGGCCUGAGCUGGACAGUGCAGGGGGAGAACGGCUGCCAGGGGCCGUGUCCGGAUGCCUGGAGGGAGAAUAUUCGCCCCAGAGCGUGGCAUCGGCCGACUCUGACAAGAAGAGCUCCAAUAAGAGGAAGAGGGAUGUCACAGAUAUCCAGGAGUCCAGUUUUAAGGUGGACUCCAGCUGCAAGGCCAGGAAAGAGCGCACAGCGUUCACCAAGGAGCAGUUGAGAGAGCUGGAAGCCGAAUUCACCCACCAUAACUACCUGACCAGGCUCCGCCGCUACGAGAUCGCCGUCAACCUGGACCUCACAGAGAGACAGGUGAAAGUGUGGUUCCAGAACAGGAGGAUGAAGUGGAAGCGAGUGAAAGGAGGACAGUCAUCUUCACCCAACGACCUGGAAAAUGACGACAUAGACUCUGCUGCCUCGCCCACCUCUGAAUGAACAAGAAGGGCCGGCGCUGUGAAAAGGAGACGCCAAUGUCUCUCGGAGAAAAAAGGACGAGUGGACAACUGGACACCAGUGCAUCACAGUGCAAACCUUAUUUCUAUGGAAAGGAAUCAAAUAAUUUUAAAGACUUUUUUAAAAAAUUCCCAGGCAGAAAACACUGGGCAUCUCCUUUGUUGUUUUCUAUUGUAAAUAGUUGAUUUAUGUCCAUAAUGAACUGCUUUUUUUUUGUUUUUGUUUUGAUAAACCAAUGAUAAAUAUUCUGUUUUGAGAGGCCUGACAUGAUGAUGAUGACAAAAAUGGCAAGUCUAUGGUCAUUGUAGAUCAGUGACGACGUCCUCACAGCAGCUUUAAGGCCAGUGAUGACAUUUCAGACCAUGAUGUGAUUGUGGUUGAGUGCACCCCCUUUGGUUCCAACAUUGUAAUCAUGGCCUUUUGACGCUUGACUACAACCACCUGGGAAAACUGGCAGUGUUGCCAAGCCUAAGUGCCUACGAGUCCGAUAUUUUUUGUCAUUUUUUAAAGUUUUUCUCCCUAGAAUAUAGUUUUUUUUCUGUCAAAAAUGUUUUUUACUAUUCUUUUUUAAAUACAUUUUGAAUGUUAUUGAUAAAACACAGAUGUUUCCUGUUUCUGCAAAUAGAAUA